CCUCAUCUCCCCCUCGGUCAUCACUCGAGGUCUCUCUCUCUCUGUCCGUCUCCUGGUUCUGUUGAUUUCGAGUUACCUGGAAUAUGGCCGGCAACACCCCCGAUUCCUGGGAGGAUGAGCUCUCCAAGCAGGCCGAGGGUGUCAACCUGAACGCACAAGGCCGCCCUCAGCCACAGGCCCCCUCCUUCCACCCUGGGGCGUCGGCGUUUACGCCAGGGGCUCAGGCCUUUGUGCCGGGUCAGUCGUUCCAAUAUGGUGGCGGAUUCCCUCAGUAUGGUCAGCAGGCGUACGGCGGCGGUUACCCGCAGUAUGGCCAGCAGUACAACAACAACCAGUAUGGCGCGUACGGCCAGCAACCCAACCAGACCUAUAACCAGCCGUACGGUGGCUAUCAGCAGCCUCAGAACCCUCAGCAGCAACAGUUCGCUCAGCAGCCGCGCCAGGCCGCUCCGGCAGCCACCCAGCCGGCUUCGCAACCCGCCCAGUCGGCCCCUAAGCCCGCCGCCAGCAACGCCGCUCCCCCCAAGGCCAAGGUUCUCUCGAUCGGAGGAGCCAGUACCUCUGCUUCCGCUCCCAAGACCAAGGUCCUGUCCCUUGGCGUACCCACCCCCUCGACCACCCCCUCGUCGGGCUCCAACACUCCCGGUGAUACUCAGGGCACGGAGGCGGCCCAGUCGGCGGCCAAGGUGACGGCCAGCAAGGCGGUGGACAAGACGGAUAAGAAGGCGGAGCAAAAGGCAGCCGCCAGCGGCAAGUCCUCGCCCGCUCCCUCGGCCUCGGGCCGUUCCAGCCCCGGGCGGUCGAGCCCGUCGCGCAGCGAGGUCACCCGCGCCGCGCGUGCUGCGGAUGCCGUUGCCAAGGAACAACAGGCCGACGUGGAUGAGGAUACGCUGAAGGAAAUUUACGGCGCGAAGAAGGAACACGUCAACAUCGUGUUCAUCGGUCACGUCGACGCGGGCAAGUCCACUCUGGGUGGUGCCAUCCUGUACGUCACGGGCAUGGUCGAUGAGCGAACCCUGGAGAAGUACCGGAAGGACGCCAAGGAGGCCGGUCGAGAGACCUGGUACCUGUCCUGGGCUCUGGAUCUGACCAACGAGGAGCGUGCCAAGGGUAAGACCGUCGAGGUCGGCCGUGCUCAUUUCCAGCUCACCAUCCAGUCGCCCGACGGCCCCGUCGAGCGCGACUUCUCCAUCCUGGAUGCCCCGGGCCACAAGGCCUUCGUCCACCACAUGAUCGGCGGUGCCUCGCAGGCCGAUGUCGGUGUCCUCGUCAUCUCCGCGCGCAAGGGUGAAUACGAGACUGGAUUCGAGAAGGGCGGUCAGACCCGGGAGCACGCGCUGCUGGCUCGCAACACGGGCGUUAAGACGCUCAUCGUCGCCGUCAACAAGAUGGACGACCCCACCGUGGAGUGGAGCAAGGCCCGUUUCGACGAGUGCACGGUCAAGGUCUCCAAGUUCCUUGAGGCUCUCGGCUACAAGAAGGACGACCUGUUCUUCAUGCCCAUCUCGGCCCAGCGCACCCUGGGUGUCAAGGACCGUGUCCCCAAGGAUCUGGCCCCGUGGUAUGGCGGUCCGUCGCUGCUGGAGUAUCUCAGCGACAUGAAGAUGCCCGAGCGCAAGAUCAACGCUCCGUUCAUGAUGCCCGUCAGCUCCAAGUACCGCGACAUGGGUACGAUAGUGGAGGGCCGCGUAGAAUCCGGUGUUAUCAAGAAGAACUCCAACUGCAUCAUGAUGCCCAACCGCCAGAAGGUCGAAAUUGCGGCCCUGUACGGCGAAACUGAGGACGAGAUCGCCACCGGGACCUGCGGUGAUCAGGUCCGCAUGCGUCUCCGCGGUGCCGAAGAGGAAGACAUCCUGCCCGGGUUCGUGCUUUGCUCGCCCAAGCGUCUGGUGCACUGCGUCUCUUCCUUCGAAGCGAAGAUCCGCAUUCUCGAGUUGAAGAGCAUCCUGACGGCUGGGUACAACUGCGUCAUGCACGUACACUCCGCUGUGGAAGAAGUGACGGUGUCCUCCCUGUUGCACAAGUGUGAGCCCGGCACCGGCCGCAAGAGCAAGCGCCCCCCGCCGUUCGCCAGCAAGGGCCAGACGAUCAUCGCCCGUCUGGACGUUACCAGUGUUGCUGGGUCGGUGUGUGUGGAGCGCUUUGAGGAUUACAACCAGAUGGGUCGGUUCACGCUGCGUGACCAGGGCCAAACCGUUGCCAUUGGUAUGAUUACCAGACUGAUUCCCAACGAGGAGAAAUAAAUGCCCAUCCUCGACACCAAGAUUACCCCCUCCUAGUUGAUCCUACCAGCUCCCCUAAAACAGGGUGCAGGCCCGUCGGCUGCGGGGAGGAAUUACUGGCUGGUAGAGAGCUGGGUGAAUGAUGACGCCCGGACUCGGUUGACGAUGAUGAACCUAUUACUUCUUUUUAUUUCCUCCUUGCGUAUAGAAUUCCCAUCUUGCUUUAAUCGAUUGGAAUAAAAGUGAUUGGAAUGUUCA